UGUAAGAAAGAACUAUUCAUACAAAAAAGCACAGGUUAGGUCAAUUCAAAACAAGUAACCAAUCUCAUAUCUUACUCAUAUUUAUGCUACUAUCAAGAGUUCAAUUUAUUUAUAUAAACACAAACAUUGACAUGUUCAUGAAUCAACUCAAAUUUGAACACAAACUCUUGCAUUGAAGUUAUAUACUUGUUCUUAUAAGAUAAACUCAUUCAUUGUUCUCUCAUCAUCAAAGUUUUUAGCAAAUUUUCAAUAUUCAUUCAAGGGAGAAAAAAAAUGGGUCUUAUUGGAAAGAGUUUUGCUUCAAAAUUGAAAAGCAUAACAUUACUUGCAAUUUCUAGGAUUGCAAUUUUGAAGAAUCAUCGCAAAGCUAGAGCUUCUUAUGCUCACAACGACAUUUCUCAACUCUUGAAACUUGGUUACCAUGAUCAAGCUCUUAUUCGUGUAGAACAUUGGAUUGUAGAGCAAAACAUGUUGGAUGCAUUUGUCAUUAUUGAAGAUUUUUGCAAUGUCCUAAGAGAAAAAGCUCAUAUACUUGAAAAUAAUAAGGAGUGCCCCAUUGAUCUCAAGGAAGCAACAUGCAGCCUUAUAUUUGCAUCAUCAAGGUGUGGAAAUUUUCCAGAAUUACACAAAAUCCAAGAGAUUAUGACUUCAAAAUUUGGGAAAGAAUUUGCGGAUCAGUCUAUUAAAUUGCAUAAAAAUAAUGGAGUGAACUCUAAGAUGAUUCAAAGGCUCUCAUCAAGAUAUAUCACAAUGGAAAUCAAAAUGAAUGCUAUGAGGAAAUAUGCUUCAGAGAUUGGAGUUACUUUGCCUUUUAAGAAGGACACUACAUUGACAAAUAAGGAAAAGUUGAAUGCUGGCCAAGGGCAAAAUAAACUAGAAACCAAAAAUUAUAGUAGUGUUGAAUCUGUUGAUGAACAUGAAGAAGAUACCCAACAUGAUCCUGAUCAAAAUGUAACUCAAGAUAAGAAUCUAUUUGAUGUGAAUGAGGAACAGAGAAGGAACAAAAAUGCUGCAGAAGCUGUUCUACAAGCUUUGGAAUUAGCAACUUUUGAAAUAAGUAAAUACUCAAAUCAUAAACAAAAGGGUGCAGUAAUUUCAAAAAGAAACUAUAGUAUUGAUCUUAAAGAUGAAUCUCAAAUAUGUCAAAAUCCAAGAGAGGGAGUGAUAACACAAGAGAAUGCAAGAAUAUUAGUUUCAAAGGAAAAUGCAAAUAGAGAAAGUGACAUGGUUGGUGAAUUAAGCUCAUACAAGAGUUUGGAUGAGGAUGAGGAUAAUGAUCAUAAGAGUGAGUAUGAUGAAGCUAGAGAAAAUGAAGAUUUGAGUAAAGAAAAAACAUACCCUUCUUCACAAGCUAUUAGAUGGAAUCCACAUAGGUCUCAAACUAAUGUUGAUGUGAAUUUCAUGGUAAGAAGACAUGUAAACAAAAUGCAAGCACAUCAUCAACAUUUGGACUGGAAAAUGAUGUCAGUGAGAACCAGAUGAGCACAUCAACAGACCAAUAUUUUUUUAAACUAGACCCUCGAUUGGAUAAUAGUCUAGAUGAACCAGAUUGAACCACAUUGGUUCCUUCAAUUCUUGUUUUUUGUAUUUUUUAUUUUAUUUUUUAAUUUAUUUAUUUAUCAUCCAAUUCAAUGAUAUUGUAAUUCUCCUUCAAAUGUGAACAAGAGCGAAAAUUUUACAUUGCACUUGAAAUUGAAAAAGAAACUUAAGAACAAGAAUAUGUAAAAGUAAAACAAAUGGCAACAUUUUCAUGUUUGGUGUUUUAA